CGCGUCCGCGUCGUAGUCCGAACAUUAUAGACCACAAGACAUGUUCCUUAUCCGACUGGGAAGGAGUGUUAUGUUAUAAUUGUGAAAGUUUGAAUCAUGUUGGUGGACCUGCCUACGUUUAAAAGAUGUUGCUUUUGUUGCCCUCUGAGGCGAGGUAUUCUCGUGUUCGGGUAUCUUACUCUGGUGGUGACAUGCCUCUUUAUAGGAAUGCAAGUUCUGAUGUGGCAGAUGUUCAAAACGGAGAAGGCGGUCACCACGAUGGCGCUGUACCGAGGAGUCGUGAUGGAAGCGCAAUACUUUGUCAUUUUCAUACUGUACGCACUUGACCUCGUCUUCAACAUCGUAUUGAUAAUUGGGGCACACUUGAAAAGGCGUCUUCUGAUGCAUGCGUACUACUACUACCAGCUGUCUACGAUGAUCGCCAGCUUCCUGGUGGUGAUGCUCUCGUACCACGACAUCAGGCACUUCGGGAGCCUCGGCAUCGCUCUCACUGAGCUGUCCAUCGCGUUCACUGGAUUUGUGUUACAGAUAUAUCUUCUGCUUCUGAUAAGGAGUGAGCUAAGCAAGGAUCGCUAUCAAGAAGGUCGGUCCAGCUUCACCAACCAUAUAGCACAGGUCUUCGUGGAUCCGCCUCUGAGGAGACAAUGGACAAGAGAAGUUGAGGAAUAAAUGUAUUAAAGCA